UCAUCCGGCUAUUCCAGGUGCAGAAAAUCACAUCGCGCGUGUGAUCAGGGACGUCCCUGCGGACGGUGCGCCCUAAAAGGAAGCCAAUGCAUAUAUACAAAGCAGAGGUAAGCAAUGAAGCGGCGGCGUACGAUUUCAUAUGGGAACUGAGAUUAAUUUCGGCCCUCAGUUUCAAAAGUAAGGCCUACAAAGCAAGUCGCACUGCCCGCAAGGAGGCUACCGUUGUGAACCACACCGCCUUUCACAGUGAUCCUGCAGAACAGUGUGAUAAUGCACUUACCGGCCAGGAAUCUCAUCAAGCACCCAUGAUGGACGCAUACAUGCCAACAUCAGACGAAUUAGCAAUACUUUCUUCCCUCGAUCAAAUAUGCACCGAUGCGGAACUCGCAAGUUCCAUGGGCUUCCCUUUUCAGACGUUCACGUUAUCGCCAUGCAGAUAUUCAGAGGGUCCACUGGAUACUACCCCUUCCACGCACUCGAUGGAAGCCCCUACAUAUGUCCCUUCCUCUUCCGACGAUGCAAGCUGCAGUUCCCCAUCCCGCACACUCUCCCCGGCAUCCUCAUCUGCGGAACACGAAAGCCCUCUGCCCACAAGACCCUCGCACAGCCGCGAGUGUGUUUGCGGCUCUCUGAGUGACACAGUGAACAAGUUUCCUAUACUUGAUGCAUCAUGGCAACAGGACGCAAGGAUAUCAACAGCAUCGCAUCCCAUGCAACGCACAGACGCAAGCAGGUCUUCCCUCGAGAGCGUCCUGGUUCGUGUGGCGUUUGUUGCCGACGAGUUGCAACAGCUUGGAGGAUUGUUUGGCGCAGUGCGGAGCGUGCUGCCCAUUAUAAGUCAAUCCGAUGCUCCGUCUCAGCAGCCGUCAUCUGUCACACGAUCAUGGUUACAGAUCUGCAGGCGCCCGGUUUAUCGUCUCCGGCAGAUGUUCUCAACAUCGGCCUCGAUCAGAGCGGGCUCCUCAUCGACGAGAUGACAUCGUUCGUCUCGGACUUUCAAGGGACAGAGCCUCCGACGACACCUCCGUUCCUAACAUCAUACGUCGCGGGUCCAGCCAUGGCGCCAAAUGGUCAACAACAACAACAACAACAACAACAACAACAGACGCAGCAACCGCAACGGCAUCGGCUAGUUCCGCAGCUAAGCACUCAGGGCGCAGGCGCCUUCCACCUUCAUCCGUAUUGAUACCCCUAUAUCCCCUACUGCUCUACGUCUAUGUAGUAUGUCGGACA